CAGAUCAUUUUGCUGAAAGAUCGCAGUCAGUUCCUCUUGCCAUGAAGAGAGUUGCUCUUCUUUUCCUGGUAGUGAUCUGUGGCAUGGGAGGAUUGGGACAAAAGCUGAAACCAAAGAAAAGAAGCAAUGGUGAAGAAAUCAAUUUUCGGACUAAAAACAAAGACGUCUGUACAAUGAGCAUAAGUGGGGAUGAAGAGAUGAAAGCAAGAAUUGAAUGCAAAGGCCAAGGCAAGUCCUACUGGUGUGAAUACACUGGCAUGCCGUUGCUCUGUAGUCCUUUCCGAAACAAUCCAAAGAUGUACUGGAAUCAGAUCGUCAUGGAACUCAGAAAGCUCCCUCAUGCCUGCGAAUCUACACAAAUGUUGAAGGCCAGCAUGUGCCAAAAGGCUCCUGUGGAUGCUCUCAUGAAGCAAGUAGCUGCUGGCGUAGAGCCGGAAGAUUUAGCAAAUCGGGACAAAUCAUCCCAGAAAACUUCAGCUUCUGUGAGAGGAGCUGGGAAGAGCUCUGUUAAGAAAACAGGGAAACCUGCAAUGUUACCUCGUAUAAAACCAACCCACUCUGGUCAAGGUUCUGAAAAUGAAACCGAAGCAAUGAAAUUGGCACGGGAACAUUGCUGGGAAUCCCUGCACGAGUUCUGCUCCUACAUUAUUGGCUUCUUUAGAGGCUAA